CCCUUCUUCGACUGGUACUUUCUGUUCUUGGCAGGCUGGACGUCGUGUGUUUUUGGCGAAGUAUAUGGGAAGAUCACCUGCACGCAAGGAAAGUCUGAGUCUUUGAUUGAACGACUGAAACAUGCCAAGCUCGUUGACUUGACACAGAAUUAUACCAAUGAGACCAUAUAUUGGACGGACGGCAAAACAUUUUUUCUGCAAAAAGAAAUCUAUAAAGACCCGAGCCCGGGUGUUCCAUGGGUCCAGGUUGACAACAUCGCGGAGGCAACCCAUGGCGGUACACACAUAGAUGCGCCGUUACACUUCCACGAAGGUGGCUGGUCGGUGGCAGACAUACCCAUUGAACGGCUUAUGUACGUGCCCAUCGUGAAGCUAGACAUUCGUCGACAGGCGGAAGCUGAUCCCAACUACAUCACCGCCGUGUCCGACAUACAGGACUGGGAAAGGCGCUACGGAAAAGUUCCCGCUGGCAGCUUCUUUCUUCUGCAGACGGGACAGUCAAGAUUCUGGCCCAAUCGAACGGCUUACAUGGGACUGGAUGAGAACGGAGACCGACACUUUCCUGCACUCGGAGCAGAGGCAGCCACGUUUCUGACGACAGAGCGAAGUCCGUACGCAAUCGGCGUGGAUGCGGUGUCGCUGGAUCAUUACCCGGAAACCAGCGUGCACCUGAUACUCGCUGUCGCUAGCGUGUACAGCAUCGAAAAUUUGGCCGAUCUAUCUUUGGUGCCUGCCACGGGGGCAUUGGGCAUCGUACUUCCCAUGAGAAUACCUGGUGCCAGUGGGGCUCCCACCCGCGUUGUGGCGACAAUACCAUGA